CCAGCACGCAACGCCUUUGCCUCUCAAGUGCUAGGCGCCUCCUUCUUCGCCUCCCACGUCUCGUCAUCUCGCGUGCUCCUCGUGGGAGCAGGUGGCAUAGGGUGCGAAGUCAUCAAAGACCUGGUCCUCUUUGGUUUCCGCCAUAUAGAGGUCAUCGACCUGGACACAAUUGAUCUGUCCAACUUGAACCGGCAGUUCCUCUUCAAUCGAUCGCACAUCAAGAAGAGCAAGAGCAUCGUUGCUGCGAGCGUGGCCGGCAGCUUUGAGCCAGAGGCAAAGAUUGUGGCUCAUCAUGGCAAUGUCAAGGAUGGAAAGAUGUUUGGGUACGACUUCUUUCGUGACUUCGACGUCGUCUUGAAUGCGCUGGAUAAUCUCGAUGCGCGACGUUGGGUCAACAGGAUGUGUAUCGCGACUGGCGUAUCCCUUGUAGAGAGCGGCACGACGGGCUUUUUGGGCCAGGUACAGCCAAUCGUCAAGGAUGCCAUGGCAUGCUACGACUGCACUGAGAAGCCCGUUCAGAAGACCUUUCCCGUUUGCACUAUUCGAUCCACGCCAUCGACGCCCAUUCACUGCGUUGUGUGGGCAAAGACAUGGCUCUUCACCCAGCUCUUUGGCGAAGACGAUGAGACGGAGACGGCUGAGCUAGACAAGGCCGAAGCUGAUGGAGGGAAUUCCGAUGAGAUCAACGCACUUCGCAAAGAAGCCGGCGAGAUGCGUGCCCUCCGCUCUACUCUCGCUACACCAGGCGCAGCGCAACGAGUCUUCGACAAGGUGUUCAAAGCUGACGUGGACCGCCUGUUGGGCAUGGACGAGAUGUGGCGAAACCGCAAGCGACCGACGCCGUUGGCCUACGCCGAAGCCUUGAAGUCCACAGCGGCAGCCCCUGCUCCAGCCGCGGCGACAUCCACUGCUGCACCGGCCACUACUACCCAGACGCUGCGAGACCAACGCCAGCUAAGUCUCAAGGAGACGGUCGAGAUGUUCACGACCUCACUCGACGCUCUGGCCAAACGAGCCGCGGGCAGCAGUACCGCCUUGAGCUUCGACAAGGACGACUCUGACGCCUUGGAUUUUGUGACCUCAUCUUCCAACCUGCGCUCUAUCGUCCACGCAAUCGAGACCAAGACGCGCUUCGAUGUCAAGCAGAUGGCGGGCAACAUCAUUCCGGCCAUCGCGAGCACGAAUGCGAUCAUUGCAGGAGCGCUUGUCUUGCAAGCUCUGCACUUGCUUGCGGGCAGAGGCGAUGAUAGCAGCAGUAGUGGUAGCGCUGCCGCAGCCUUUGGCCCCUCGCACGCCCACGACGUCAUGCUAGGCAAGAGCACACGACACGUCCUCUCGGGCACCGCUCCGCCCAAGCCGAACCCGAGCUGCUCGGUCUGCAGCGACGUGUACGUGCCUCUCAUCCUCACUGGCCCUUCGAGCAGCACCUCAUCCGCGACCCUAGGCCAAGUCAUCACCCUCGUCCGCCAGCCUCGUAGUGAGGGUGGACUAGGUCUAGACGAGGACGAGGAGCUCGGCGUCUAUGAGGGCAAUCGGUUGCUGGCAGACCCGGACUUUGAUGACAAUCACGAGAGGUCCUUGGCCAGUCUGGGCGUGGAUGAGGGCAAGUUCCUGGCGCUCGUUGACGAGGAUGGAGUCAGGCAGACCGUACAGCUCAUCGUUGUUGUGCGGGAGGGCGAG